UUUGGUAGCGAGAGUUUAAAGAUGGCGUAUAAGCAGCCGUCCUCUAUCCGUGUUGAAACAGAGUUAAGCCCAGAAGAAAAGCGCUUGGUACAAGAAAGGGCUAAACUUCGCAGUGCAUUAAAAAAGGAAUACAUCAGACAGCUGACAGAUCCACACAAGCAUGGCGAAGGUGGAGUUUUGUUUGACCCAGCAGUCCAGAGGUUCCAGUCGGCUAGAGCAAGCUACUAUGAGUACUUCAGACCUACACCGAAAGGGUAUUUCAAGUGGAUGUUUGCGUGUGUGAUUCCAAUUGUCGCGUAUGCGUACCUUCUGAAGAAAGACAGGGAUGCCUUUGAGAGAAAGUGCCGCACGGGAGAGAUCAAGUAUCAGGACAGGAUGUUUAAAUUUGUCUAGGCCAGGAGUCUGAAGUAUACUGUAGCAUUAUAGAAAUAAAAUGUUUUCUCCUUAAAGAGAUGUCGCUCAAGCAGACACAUGUGGAGCAGUAAAACAGA